AAGAUAAAUUUGAAUAUAAAAUCAAUCAAAAUUGAACAAUUUGAUUCAAUAUAUAUUCCAUUCGUCAUAAUGAAGGUGUUUGCUUUCAUACUGAUCGUAGCAUCUGCUACUGCUAUUCCGCUUAAUCAUAGCAAAAAUGCUGAAGAGGAGGAUUGGCAAUUGGUGCGCGACAAUGACGGCAACAUGCACUUGGUGGACAUUCGAAGUAGCGAUGACCAACAGGAGAUAGCACCACUAUUCAAUGCAUUCAACGAUAUUAUUUUCCGUUUAUUUACCAGAAGCAAUCCCACUCAGGCUCAAGUCAUUCAAAUUAACAACCAUGGUCAAUUGGCCAGCAGCAACUUUAAUGUCAAUCAUCAAACUAGAUUCCAAAUACAUGGCUGGAACGGCGGUGGACAUGCAGGAACUGGUGCGGCUAUUAGGAACGCAUAUAUAAAUCGUGGCGAUUUCAACGUUUUCACUGUUGAUUGGGGAGCGGGAGCUGGAACCAUAAAUUAUGUUCUUGCAAGAAAUCGCGUUAACGAAGCUGGUCAUGUGGUUGCUCAGUUCAUUGACUUCCUCAAUGUUAACGGAUUACCUUUUUCUAGAAUCGGCGUCCUGGGUCAUUCUUUAGGAGCACAAGUAGCUGGUGCUGCGGGAAAGCGAACGACUCGAGGAAGAGUAGAAUUUAUAGUGGGAAAUGACCCCGCUGGACCGUUGUUUUCGUUAGAUGAUCCAGCAAAUAGACUUCACCACACAGAUGCUAAUUACGUGGAAGCAAUUAUAACAGACGGAGGUCGACUCGGCUUCCAACACCCAGUUGCGCAUUCAAAUUUCUAUCCGAAUUGGGGAACAGCUCAACCUGGUUGUGGACCGGAUAUUACAGGACAAUGCGGUCACGAUAGAGCAAGUGCGUUCAUGGUAGAGUCAAUAAAUCCAGUACAUAUUUUUGGUGCUAUUCGGUGCAGAGGUUUGGAUGACAUUCGUGAAAGAAAUUGUGUAGUGAGUGGACCGAGUAGACGUUUGGGAGGAGAGCCUAUUCAAGAUGGUCCUGCUACAGCCGGCAGCGUUUAUUUCUUAACAACAAAUGCUGCAUCGCCAUUUGCUCAUGGACCGCGAUAAGUUAAAAUUUAAAGUUGAAUAAAAGAUUUGCUUGAAAGAAAUUAAGCAUGAAGAUUUUU